AUGGCACUCAGCCGAGAACACAGCAGACACCCAUCCAACAGAGACCACCAGCAGGGCACUCGGCUGAGACCCACCAACAGACGCCCUCAGCAGACACCUCCCCAGCAGACACCCUCCAGCAGACCUCGUGAAGACACUUCCUCAACGAGACCUCCAAAGGUGUCGUCAACAGGCCUCAGCAGACACACUGUAGCAGACGCCUCGCAGACACUCUCAGCUUGCCACUCCACCAGACACCCUCCAACAGGGAACCCUUCAACAGACACCAUCCAACAGGGACCCACCUUGAGCACCUCGAACAGACCCCCUCCAGCAAGACCCACCAUCCAGCAGGCAUCCUCCAACAGACUGCUCGGCAGGGACGCUGCAGCAGGCACUCCAGCAGAGACCCUCCAGCAGGCAUCCUCGAGCAGGAACCCUCCAACAGAAACCCUCCAACACAGCACCUCCAACAGGGACCCUCCAGCAGACACCCUCAGCAGGCACCCUCCGGCUUGGUUGCCUUCACCCAGUUGCCUCCAGCAGAGACCCUCAAGCAGGGACGACUCAGUGCUUGAACCCUCAACAGGGCACUUUUUAACAGAGACCCUCCAGCAGGGCACCUCCAGCAGACGCCUCCGCCAGACGCCCUCUGAACCCUCCAACAGAGACCCUCAACAGGGAACCCUCCGACAGGCACCUCCAACAGAGACCCUCCAGCAGAACCCUCCAACAGAGACCGCACAAACGAACCCUCCAGACACCCUCCAAGACACCCUCCAGCAGGUUGCCCUCACAGAAGACCUCCUGGGGCACCAGUGCAUCAGUCAGUGCCUCCCGGCACCCUGGCAGACGCCGGCAGUUUUCCUCCAGCAGACCCACGCAGCAGAUGCCUCUUGCAAGACACCCACCAACAGACACCCUCAACAGACACCCUCAUGUUGCCUCGCAGUUUUCCUCCCGGCAAGACACCUCCCGUGGGGCACCCUGGCAGGCACCUCCGACAGACACCCUCCACCAGACACCUCCUUAGACGCCUCGGCAGGCCUCCAGCAAUUUUACCAACAUGGAAUGCCUCUAGCAGACACGCCGGCAGUUGCCCUGUAG